CCAAACUCAUACGCUGCCACUUCCUUACCAAGCAAGUCACAAGGUCUUAUUUGUCAUCUUCACACGUUUUCAGUCCACACAAACUUGAUCUCUAUAAGUCUAUAAAUACAUCCCGACCAGACACAAAACACAACAACAACAAUCACACCAACACACAAACACAAACAUCAUUCUAACUGUUUAGUUUUAUCAUCAGAAGAAAAGAAAAAUGGUUGCGGAGAUUAAGUCUACGGUGGAGGCUACGGCGGCUAACUGUCUGAUGCUUUUAUCAAGAGUCGGACAAGAAAACGGGGGAGAUACAAAACGCGUGUUCACAUGUAAAACGUGUCUGAAGGAGUUUCAUUCGUUUCAAGCGUUGGGAGGUCACCGUGCAAGUCACAAGAAGCCUAACAACGAGAAUCUGUCUGGUCUGAUAAAGAGAGCGAAAACGCCGUCGUCUCAUCCUUGUCCCAUAUGCGGAGUGGAGUUUCCGAUGGGACAAGCACUUGGAGGACACAUGAGGAAACAUAGGAACGAGAAUGGCGGCGGCGUCACGUUGGUUACAAUAGCGUUAUUGCCGGAGCCGACGGUGACGACGUUGAAGAAGACGAGUAGUGGGAAGAGGGUGGCUUGUCUUGAUCUGAGCUUGGGGAUGGUUGAGAAUUUGAAUCUCAAGUUGGAGCUUGGAAGAACAGUUUAUUGAUUCUUGUUUUUUUUUUCUGGAUAUAUUAGUUAAGUUUCUCUCAUUCGUUGAAUUUUUCCUUAAUAUUUUAGAUUGAUACAUAAUGAUAAAUCUGCAGAUUUAGGAAACUUUGAUAGGCUGUAAUAUUUUUUUUUACUAGUGAAUAUAUAUUUUACGUACUAACCA